CACUCAUUCUUUAGCUCAUGAGCUUUUGCUUUCGUUGCUAGUUCUUGCCCCAGAUUGAAUUGAACAAACGGCGGCAAUGGCUGUUGGCUCGGCUGGCCUCUACAACAACGACGUUGGCCGAGGGGGGAGCGAGGGACGCCGAGAAGCUCAGGUUCAUCGAGGAGAUGACCUCCGACGUGGACUCCGUGCAGGAGCGCGUCUUGGCCGAGAUCCUCGCCCGGAACGCAGGCUCCGAGUACCUCCAGAGCUGCGGCCUCGACGACGGCCUCGUCGACCGCGCCAUCUUUCGUGCCAAGGUGCCGGUGGUGUCCUACGACGCUCUGAGGCCGUACAUCCAGCGCAUUGCCAACGGAGACAUAUCGUCCAUCAUGUCAACGCACCCCGUCUCCGACUUCCUCACAAGCUCCGCCACCUCCGGCGGCGAGCCCAAGCUGAUUCCCAACGUCGAGGACGAGGGCGGCCGACGCCAGCUUAUCUUCGGCCUCCGCGCGGCAGUCGCAAAUCUGCACUCCCCUGGGAUUGACAAGGGGAAGGGACUCUACUUUCUCUUCGUGAAGCCGGAGACGAAGACGCCGGGUGGGCUCACGGCCUGGUCUGUCCAGACCAGCAUCUACAAGAACGAGAAUUUCAAGAAUUUCUCACGUAACCACACGAGCCCGAGGGCGGCCUUACUGUGCGCGGACACGUUCCAGAGCAUGUACGCGCACACGCUGUGCGGCUUGUGCCAGCGCCACGACGUGCUCCGCGUCGGCGCCGUGUUCGCUUCCACCCUCCUGCGCGCCAUCCGCUUCCUCCAGCUCAACUGGGAGCAGCUCGCCGCCGACAUCGAAGCCGGCGGGCUCACCUCACGUGUCAACGACGCGUCGGUGCGGGAGGCGGUCGCCGGCAUCCUGCACCGACCGGAUCCCGAGCUCGCCCAGUUCGUCCGGGAAAGCUGCUGCAAGGACGAAUGGGCCGGGAUCGUCACGCGCAUUUGGCCGAACACGAGAUACCUCGACGCCGUCGUCACCGGCGCGAUGGCGCAGUACAUCUCGGCCCUCAACUACUACAGCGGCGGGCUGCCGAUUGUGUGCAGUAUGUACGGGGCCUCGGAAUGCCACUUUGGCAUCAACCUUCGCCCGCUGUGCGACCCGGCCGACGUGUCCUACACCAUCAUGCCCAACAUGGCCUACUUCGAAUUCCUCCCCGUGCACGAGGAGGCCACCGGCGGCGGCCAGCCGGUGGAGCUCGCCCGCGUGGAGGCCGGGCGGGAGUACGAGGUGGUGGUCACCACCUACGCCGGGCUGAACAGGUACCGCGUCGGCGACGUGCUCCGUGUGGCGGGUUUCCACAACGCGGCGCCGCAGUUCCAGUUCGUGCGCCGCAACAACGUGCUGCUCUCCGUGGAGACCGACAAGACCGACGAGGUGGAGCUGCAGUGCGCCGUGGGGCGAGCCUCGGAGCUGCUCCGCUUGCACGGCGCGUCCGUGGCGGAGUACACCAGCCGCGCGUGCACCCGGCGCAUCCCGGGGCACUACGUCAUCUACUGGGAGCUGCUGGCCGCGGGCGACGCCGCGGUGGACAAGGAGACCCUCGACGAGUGCUGCCUGGAGAUGGAGGAGGCUCUGAACGCGGUGUACAGGCGGAGCCGGGUGGUGGAUGGCUCCAUUGGGCCGCUCGAGAUCCGGGUGGUCCGGCCCGGCACCUUCGAGGAGCUGAUGAACUACGCCGUCUCCCGCGGCACGUCGAUCGGACAGUACAAGGUGCCCCGGUGUGUCACGCUCCCGUCCAUCAUCCAUCUGCUCGACUCGCGCAUCAUGUCCACUCACUUCAGCCCUACCUUACCACACUGGACCGCCACCCGGCGCUACGACUAGGAGGAGUCAGGGUCAUCGUCACCAAUAUGUUCGGAAUAGUGGGUGUGGUUAGAUUUAAACAAGUCUCUGAUAUGUCGAGAAUGGUCUGGAAAAUUUAGGCAUCCUAAAAUUAAAAUUUUCCCUUGGCUAGUUCUUCAAGGCAGAAUAAUUACGGUCUGCAAAAAGGGAGCCGCAUUUUCUAUUCAAAUGCUGCUGCACCAUAAGAGUCUGAGACAUGAUUUAUGAUUGGAUGAGCAUAUAGUCUGCAACAUUCUCAUGAAGUGCUCUUCAAACAGUCAAGCAAUGAUGGACCGACAACGAUGAAUGGCCUAACUAUCCUAGAAAGGCAGGAAUCUCCCUGGAAAUGCUUGUGUGCUGGGAAAUCUGGAACGAGAGAAUUACUAGGGUCUUCCGUAACGAGGAAUCUUCAACCACGAGAGUGGUGGCAAUAAUCAAGGACAAGGCGAAGACAUGGGUUAUAGCGAGGGCUAAAAUUUUAAGCAAUU